CGGCCCGCUCCUGCUCCUGCUCCCGCUCCCGCGCCGGCGCCGCCCUUUUCCUCCGCGCGGGGCCGGGCCGGGAGCGCCGCGGGCCAUGGCCGGGCUGCGGGCGCUGCUGCUGCUGGGCUGCGCGCUGACCGCCGCCCGCGCCUUCAACUUGGACGCCGAGCGGCCGGCCGUGUACUCGGGCGCCGAGGGCAGCUAUUUCGGCUUCGCCGUGGACUUCUUCGCUCCCGAUCCCUCCUCGAUAUUUCUUCUGGUGGGAGCUCCAAAAGCAAACACCUCCCAGCACAAUGUGGUAGAAGGGGGCCAGGUGCUGCAAUGUAACUGGAAUUCCAACAGGAACUGCCAGCCCAUCAUCUUCGACUCCACAGGCAACAGAGAUUUUGCUCCUGAUGAUCCACUGGAAUUUAAGUCUCAUCAGUGGUUUGGAGCAUCUGUGAGAUCCAAAAACGAUAAAAUUUUGGCUUGUGCCCCAUUGUAUCACUGGAGAACUGAAACAAAACAAGAGCGAGAGCCUGUGGGAACUUGUUACCUGCUUACUGGAUCCAAAUCUGUGGAAUAUGCACCCUGCAGGUCAACCACUAUUGAUGCAGAUGGGCAAGGAUUUUGUCAAGGUGGAUUUAGUAUUGACUUUACAAAGGGAGACAGAGUCCUGCUUGGAGGACCUGGCAGUUUUUACUGGCAAGGCCAGCUCAUUUCUGAUCGAGUGACAGAGAUUGUGGCUAAAUAUGACUCCAAAGUCUACAGUACAAAAUAUGACGACCAGUUAGCAACCAGACCUGCUAGUGCUGCUUUUGAUGACAGCUACUUGGGUUAUUCCGUGGCUGUUGGAGACUUCAGUGGUGAUGGCAUAGAAGACUUUGUAUCAGGAGUCCCAAGAGCAGCCAGAACUCUAGGCAUGGUGUCCAUCUACAAUGGGAAAAACAUGUCCUCCAUGUACAACUUCACUGGAGAGCAGAUGGCUGCCUAUUUUGGGUAUUCAGUGGCUGCCACAGAUAUCAAUGGGGACGAUUACACAGAUUUGUUUAUUGGAGCCCCACUCUUUAUGGAUCGAGGUUCUGAUGGGAAACUUCAAGAGGUUGGCCAAGUUUCCAUUUGUCUUCAAAGAGCCUCUGGAGGGUUUCAGAUCGCAAAGCUGAAUGGUUUUGAGAUAUUUGCAAGAUUUGGCAGUGCUAUUGCACCCCUGGGUGAUCUAGACCAGGAUGGCUUUAAUGAUAUUGCAGUAGCUGCACCGUACGGUGGAGAGGACAAGAGAGGACUUGUCUAUAUCUACAAUGGAAGAGCAACUGGUUUGAAUGCAGUCCCAUCUCAGAUUCUUGAAGGGCAGUGGGCUGCUCGUACUAUGCCACCCAGCUUUGGGUACUCACUGAAAGGAGCCACAGACGUGGACAAAAAUGGAUAUCCAGACUUGAUUGUUGGAGCCUUUGGUGUUGACACAGCUGUUUUGUAUAGGGCCAGACCAGUUAUUAGAGUGAAUGCUGCCCUGGAAGUUAAUCCAACCAUUCUAAACCCAGAAAACAAAGCCUGUUCACUGUCAGAUGUAAAAGUUUCAUGCUUCAAAGUAAAAUUCUGCUUAAAAGCAGAUGGCAAAGGAAAGCUCCCUAAUUCGCUCAAUUUCCAAGUGGAGCUGCUGUUGGAUAAACUGAAGCAAAAAGGAGCUAUAAGGAGAGCUCUCUUUCUCCACAGCAAACAGCCUAGCCAUUCCAAGAACAUGACUAUUACAAAGGGAGGCAAAAUGAAUUGUGAAGAACUUGAUGCUUUUCUGAGGGAUGAAUCUGAAUUUAGAGACAAAUUAACUCCCAUUACAAUUUUUAUGGAAUAUCGUCUUGAUUACAAAACAGCUGCAGAUGCAACAGGAUUGCAUCCUAUCCUCAAUCAGUUCACUCCUGCUAAUAUGAGCAGACAGGCACACAUCCUGUUGGAUUGUGGUGAGGAUAAUAUCUGCAAACCAAAGCUGGAGGUUUCAGUAAGAAGUGAUCAGAAGAAGAUCUACAUUGGUGAUGACAAUCCCUUAACGCUGACUGUCAGUGCAGAGAAUCAAGGGGAAGGAGCCUACGAAGCAGAACUCUUUGUCAUUGUUCCUCCCCAAGCAGAUUUCAUUGGUGUUGUUCGAAAUAAUGAGGCUUUAGCAAGAUUGUCAUGUGCAUUUAAAACUGAGAAUCAAACUCGCAUGGUGGUUUGUGACCUGGGAAAUCCCAUGAAAGCAGGAACUAAGCUAUUAGCUGGCCUGCGUUUCAGUGUGCACCAGCAAUCAGAAAUGGAUACCUCUGUAAAGUUCGACUUGCAAAUACGAAGUUCCAACCUGUUUGACAAUCUAAGUCCUGUAGCAUUCUAUCAGGUUGACCUUGCCAUUUCAGCAGCUGUUGAAAUUAGAGGCGUGUCAUCUCCUGAUCACAUAUUCCUUCCUAUUGCAAAUUGGCAGCCCAAGGAGAAUCCAGAAACAGAAGAUGAUAUAGGGCCUCUAGUUCAGCAUAUCUAUGAGCUGAGAAACAAUGGCCCGAGUGCUUUCAGCAAGGUGAUGAUGACUCUGCAGUGGCCUUACAAAUACAAAAACUAUACGCUGUUGUAUAUUGUUCAGUAUGACAUCGAUGGUCCCAUGAACUGCACUUCUGAUAUGGAGAUCAAUCCAUUGAAAAUUAAGAUUUCUGCUUCUAAAGAGGAUGAAAAGAAUGAAACAUUUAGCAGGGAAGAUAAUCGCAAUCAUCGUAUCAGUCGGAGAGAUUUAACUGCCAUUGAAGGAGACGUGCAAACCUUGGGCUGUGGAAAUGCUGAUUGUUUAAAGAUAGUCUGCCAAGUUGGCCACCUGGAAAGGGGGAAGAGUGCAAUACUGUAUUUAAAAUCACGACUUUGGACCCAAACUUUCAUGAACAAAGAAAAUCAGAAUCACUCCUAUUCCCUUAAAUCAUCUGCUUCGUUCAAUGUUAUAGAGUUCCCUUACAAGAACCUUUCUUUUGAAGAUAUUCACAAUUCCACAGUGGUUACUACAAAUAUUACAUGGGGCAUUCAACCACAGCCUAUGCCUGUGCCAGUGUGGGUUAUAAUUUUAGCUGUCCUAGCAGGAUUAUUGCUCUUGGCUGUUCUAGUGCUCGUUAUGUACAGGAUGGGCUUUUUCAAACGUGUGAGACCGCCUCAAGAAGAACAAGAAAGAGAACAGCUGCAACCACACGAGAAUGGGGAAGGAACAUCAGAAGCUUAAGCAGAGUUUUAUCUACUACUCGUGUGUCUAGGCACUAUAAGGAGAUGAGGAGAAAAGAAAAACAGCACAACAAAACAUGGUCAAGAUCUCUUCAGCUGAUGUGAAAGGGUUUUUGUAGCCCUGUUAAUGUCAUUGCUAACUAUGUCUUAAUUUUACUGUGGCAACUGGAAAAUCAUUUUGCUGUUCUUCAAGAUAAAGAGGUACAUUUCGUUGGUACAUGUACUGUAGCUAUGGACAACUUCUUCCAUUUAUUUAAGUUACAUAAACACUUAUUUAAACAAUUUUUAUUUUCCAACGUUCUAUUUGAGAAUAAAUGCAAGUAGUUACUUCUCCCAUAUCCAUUAAUUUCCACUUUGAUUGGUUAAAGAAAGAAAAGUAGCAUACAUAAAUGGAGCAUACGGAGAAUGUCAAUAGAUAUAACAUCCCAAAUUCACUUUCAAGUCAUGUUAUUCUUUCAGGAGGGUUCUGAAGAGACCACUUUUCUGAAGGGAUGUACAGGCAGUCUUUGAUUUUGCAUUUUAAACUUGAUAGUAUGGUUAAAGAAAACACAUGCACUUGUGUCACUAUAAAUUUUAUAGUGGCAUACAAGCAUUGAUGUAUUCUUAUAGCACAUAUUUUAGAGAGACGUUAAAACUUUCAAAUAAACGUAAAAAAUGUAUUUUGGAGUGAAAUUAAUGCCCUGGAGUCGAAACUAAUGCAAAUAAGAUGUAUACUGCAAGCAUUAAGAUGAAGCCACUAAAAAUACAGUAUCAAAUAAUUGUCUUAGCCUUCUUCUCAGAGAGUUACAUUUCAGAAGCAAAAUGUUUAUGUAUAUAGUAUCAGGAAUUACGUAAUUCUUUAGCCAAUGGAAACAUUAUCGAGUGCUAUGUCUUUUACAGUGAAAAAUGAAAUUCUGUAACUGCUCCAAUUUACAAUUAUUGCAGCAUCUCAUGAUGCAUAAUAGAGAGUGAUUUACAUUUAAAAAUGCAUAUUGUCUGGUAUAAUACCUGGCAAUAUUUAGAAAAUGUGAAGUGGAGGAUCUAACUGAAAGGUUGUUUCUCCCGAGAAACACUACCAAAUUGAGAUAGCUUUUGUCUAACCAUGACUGCAAAGUCAGACAUUUACUAACAUAAAUGGAAAUAUUUGAGAGAUGUUGACGGGGUUAGUACCAAGUUUAUCAUUUUACUUGUCCCACUGUUCUAAAUUGUGAUUGACGUGUGGAUCUUAGAUUCAUAUAAUGCUUAUGAAACUCUUAAGAAAGUUUAUUAUAUAUGUACUUUCUUAAAAAAAAAAAAAAAAAAAAAAGUUUAUUCCAAGCAAAGGCUUCAAUGUUUUUAUGUUUCUCAAUUUGUGUCUAUGGUUAAACAGCCAUUUAGCUAAACUCUCAUGAGUAUUUAGAAAAUAUUCUAGCUGUAAUCAGCAUGUUCUUGGUCCUUCAAAGGAUUCAUGUUGCACUUCAAUUUUCUGCAACACUUAGCUCUACUGAUGGUUAUCCCUAGGUCCUGAAGUAUUUAUCCCAUACCAUCCCAAAUAGUCAGCAAUGGAGCAACAUUACACUGCUGAAAAUCCAGUUAGUUUUUUUUUCUUUGGUCUAUAUCAAGCCACAGUCCAGUGAAAUGAUAGAAAACCUGACAUUCACUGCAGUUGCCUUUCAAUUAUACUCUUCACGUUUAAUGUUAAUGAGGAAGACAAAACAAAGGAGUUCAUGAAAUGAAAAUGGAAGUCCAGUAUAAAAAGUAGUUGGCAGACCACAGAUGAGCAUUACGGUGAAGGCAGAGUUCUUUGUUUGCUCACUUGAGUGAUGGGAUGAACCCAUAAGUAGUGGCAGUGGCCUUCAAUCACAAACAAAUGGCAUACAUUGGAGCAUGAUUCCAUGCUGAGCUCUACUGAUUCUCACAGAUGGGAGUGGGAUCUGAGCUCUUUGGUACAGAAUCUCUAGCUUCUCAUUCCCAAGUGCAAUAUACCAUGAUCAGAACUAGUUCACUGCCAAGAUGUCUGGUUUUGUUUGUCUAGGAAGGGAUGUAGCAUUUGUUGACUUGCAGCGGUCGAUAUUUUUCAAAACUUUAAUAAAACUAGUGUGAUGAAAUGAAAUGAUAAAUGAAUGGUGUAGCAAGAUGUUGAUCCACCCACAUUGGGUGAAACGAUGUAUAUUCUAACCUAUAUCCAUUACUAAAUGUUGAAUUAUUGAGAAUUGGUACAAUUUUCUUUAAGUCCACUCUUGAAAACGUGUCUAGAGUCUGUACAAUAAUGGGUUUGAGUCUGUAGUGCUACUGCUGUUUCAUAGAACGUUGGUCUUUUUUUUUCCAUUAUGUAAAAGUUUUCAGUAAUAACCCAAGGAACUUAGCAUUACAUGCAGUGACCUCUCCAGAUAUGCUUCAUUAAGAUUGAAUAACUUGACCUUUGGCUUUUGUAAAGAAAAUGAAGAAUUGAUGUAGCAUUUCAAAAUCUUCAAAAGCAUCUUCAAAAGAUGUUUUCAGGUUUAGGUGGCCCUUCCUAGUCCAGGAAGGCAACUGGUAUUUGCUAUGAUAUAAAUAUGUUGAAAAUGUAAGGUUGUAUUUCUUGGUAAUAGAAUUUUUUCAUUGAUUUCUUGCUCGUGCAUUAAAUCAUUAUAGCAUAGUUUGCACAGGCAGAAAAUUAACAUACUAAUGAGACUGCUGCAUUUUGGGUUUCUUAGUUAUGUAGUAAAUAUUUGUAAUGAAUGGGAAUAUUUUCAGUAACUAUGAACUUGUUUCCAAGGUCUUCGGUACAUUUAAAGAGAGCAAUAUACAUUUGAAGUCACCUUAUUUUUAUUAAAUUAUAAACCUUGAAAAAAAAAGUGGAUAUUAUAGCACAGUAAUUUUGUACUGAUAUCAAAAAUAGCUAUUAAGCUAUGGUUUACUUUUCAAUGCAUUCUUUUCAUCUUAAUUGAAAAUUGAUUUUUAUUGGGUUGUAUUUUUCUAUAUGUGUAUGCAAUUUCAAAAUAUUGUUGGAUAACCUGUUUGAAAAAAUGUAUUUUGAGUUGAUUUUGAUGUUAAGAAUUUUGGAAUAAAAUACCUCUUAACUAUCAU